CCGGAUCAGUUUUUCAAACAGUUAAAGGGAGCUAUGGACGGGUUCGCAAUGUUAGCUGAGUACUACGGAAAGGGUAGCUUCGACACCAACAAUCCCAAGAUGCCAGGCGGAGAUCGCAAGCGUAAAUUUGAGCUGCCCUCGAUCUCCCAUCAUAUAGUUCUGAUUAUUUGA